AAUCAAUCCUCCAAUUGCAGGAUGUCUGGGUAUCAUAUUUUGAAUUGUUAUAACCUUUUUCCAAACUGAGGCUGCUGAUGCUUGUUGACAUGUUGUAUUUCCACGUAAACCAAAUCCUGAUUUCCACUCUGCUGUCCUCCUCUUCUCCCCAUCACUCCUCCUUUCCUCCUCGUUUUCUUCUUCAUCUUCUCCCUUGGGACAUUAACAUUCCAGCUGUUUCCCUCCCGUCCCUGAGCCUUUUUUCUCUUUCUUUUCCUCCUCCUACUUUCCUCCGCUGUCCCUGCCUCUGCCACCUUCCUCCUUCAUAUUUCUCCCCUCUCUCGGCUCACUUCAGUUUGAGUUCGAUGUGCUGCUGAAUCCAGUAUAGUACCUUCUUCUCUCUCUCUAACAAGAUGUCCUGGACUCGAGUACUUGUACUCUCUUUGAUCUCCAUCCUCCUCAUCCUCACCUUUUCCAGUGUGGUGGAAAAUGCUGCCGUCAGAGACGAUUCAAAAGCAGACAAUCAGAAAGGGGCCGCACCGCAAUUGUUCAUGCCAGAGUCAGAAGCCUCCAACUUCUUCAAGCGACGCAGCCGCCGAUCACCCCAAUACUAUGCCGAGUACCAAGCCGAGCAGAGGGUAAGGCUCACCAAAGACGAACAAAGAAGGGAGUACAAUGAGGAGCAAAGGGACGAGUUUGAGAACUAUGUCGAGGAGGAGCGUGAUGAGCAAAACGAGAGAACGAGCGAGAAGAACGAGCAGUACAGAGAGUAUCACUACGACGGCCUCUAUCCUCGCUACUACUGGUUCCACUGAGAGGACUACAGAGCAUCUGAUUGGAGCAUUUUGAUUGGCUCAUGUCUCCAUGUUGUUGUUUUUUUUACUCUUAUCUACAAGAUAAAUGUUUUCUUUCUUUUUUUACACGUUUUAUAAAAGCUAAAUUGUGCAAUAUGUGUCUCCUUAUCAAACUGUAAAGUGUAUUGAAGGUGCAGUUUUUGUAUUCUAAACCACAUUAUAUUACAUGGAGACCAUCCUGUUUGUUUUGCAUGUUUGUUUUCAUUCACUUUUUUUUAAAUAUAUGUACAUACAAGCUAUACAAUGCCUUUUACGUCAGCCUGAGACUAACAACUGGACAUGUUCAGUACAAAUAAAGAUGAGUUUCCUUAA